AUGGCGAGCAUGGGGCAGCAGACACAGCCAGCACGGCCAGCAUAUGCAGUUCCACCAGCUCCGCAGAGCCCGUCUGCGCAAUCUGCGCGCUCGAGAGGGUUUAGUUUCCGCUCCGACAAGAGCGGCGGGUCUGGCAACAAGAAAGACGUGGCAGAGAGCGCCGCCGAUAAGGCACGCAGAGACAGUUUCUGGAAGGGCCAGUCCUUUGCUAACCCGAACGCUGCCCUGAAAGAAUUGGAGCCGGGAGUCAAGGCCAUCUACGAAGAGAGCACCAUUGUGCCAUUGCGAACCGUUCAGCAUAAGGAUGUUUAUGGCAAUCCCAUCACUGAUCCCGACUUAUCCAACCCAACGCGGCCGCGUCUGGAGCGACCGCUUGACACAAUCAGAGCGUUCGAGAAAGCCAUAGACAAUGGCUACAAAAGGCGCUCCAACUAUCAGCGAUCCGGUAAGUCGAGCGCGCGAACCACCAUGAUCAUCCCGCUUCAUGCUUACAUACACGCAGAAUCGUACGACCAGAACAACCACAACCAGUAUGCUAGCAGGAGGAGCAGCGCAUAUGGGCUCGACGGCGGACCCCACACGAAUCGAUCUGCGAACGGCGGCUACUACGGUGGUCAACGAGGAUGCUAUGGCGGAUGCCCUCCGCGCGGCCAGUAUGCUCAGCGCAUGGCUUCCGAACCGAUGAUGAGCAGUGGACGACCAUACCCACCACAGCAUGGCCACCAGUAUUCACAAGACACCGUUGCCACGGGCUACACCAAUGGCUCCGACAGCACCGGACCGUGGGCCAACGAGACCAACCCGAGCAGCGAGAAUAGCUCCGUUGAGAGAGGACCAGCGUCACAGAAGUAUCCCGAGUAUGCUACGAACAACGGUUAUGGUCCAAAUGGAUACGGACCUGGCGGUUUCCAAGAAGGUAUCCCAGAAGAAGGCGGAGCAUAUCCAGGAAGUGCACCUGCGGUCCAGCCACCACCAUCCGCUCGACGACCAAUUCCACUCGGCAACUCCGGCGAUCCAAUCACACAGCUUCCCUCGUCCAAGCGACCCGGACCGGAGAAGAGAAAGAGCUGGCUGGGACGACGAUUCAGCAAGAAGAAUUAA